GUACCGCCCACAAGCCUGAAAGGAAUGACGUGCACUUAAAGCGCCGGAAGUUGGUUUUUUGGUCGCUGGACGCGAGGUCUUACGGUGGUUUGAAAACUGGAGAAAAUGGCGGUAGAAUCCCGGGUGACCCAGGAGGAGAUUAAGAAAGAACCGGAGAAACCCGUGGACCGAGAGAAGGUAAAAGGUCUGGGGACGGGAGCGAGGUCGGUAACCGGCUAUGGGGGCUGCUAAUAGGGAUAGCCUGGAGUCCUGUAUCCUGGGUACAGAUAUUAUAUUAUAAUACUAUGGGGGCUGCUAAUAGGGAUAGCCUGGAGUCCUGUAUCCUGGGUACAGAUAUUAUAUUAUAAUACUAUGGGGGCCUGCUAAUAGGGAUAGCCUGGAGUCCUGUAUCCUGGGUACAGAUAUUAUAUUAUAAUACUAUGGGGGCCUGCUAAUAGGGAUAGCCUGGAGUCCUGUAUCCUGGGUACAGGUAUUAUAUUAUAAUACUAUGGGGGCUGCUAAUAGGGAUAUCCUGGAGUCCUGUAUCCUGGGUACAGAUAUUAUAUUGUAAUACUAUGGGGGCUGCUAAUAGGGAUAGCCUGGAGUCCUGUAUCCUGGGUACAGAUAUUAUAUUAUAAUACUAUGGGGGCCCUGCUAAUAGGGAUAGCCUGGAGUCCUGUAUCCUGGGUACAGAUAUUAUAUUAUAAUACUAUGGGGGCUGCUAAUAGGUAUAGCCUGGAGUCCUGUAUCCUGGGUACAGAUAUUAUAUUAUAAUACUAUGGGGGCCUGCUAAUAGGGAUAGCCUGGAGUCCUGUAUCCUGGGUACAGAUAUUAUAUUAUAAUACUAUGGGGGCCUGCUAAUAGGGAUAGCCUGGAGUCCUGUAUCCUGGGUACAGAUGUGCAUAUUAUAAUACUAUGGGGCUGCUAAUAGGUAUAGCCUGAGUCCUGUCCUGGAGUGCAGACCCCAUAUUAUAAUACUAUAGGGGCUGCUAUUAGGUAUAGCCUGGAGUCCUGCUUAUCCUGGGUGCAGAUAUUAUUAUAUUAUAUAAUACUAUGGGGGCUGCUAGCAGGUAUAGCCUGGAGUCCUGUAUCCUGGGUACAGAUAUUAUAUUACUUAUAAUACUAUGGGGGCUGCUAAUAGGUAUAAUACAGAGUCCUGUAUCCUGGGUAAAGAUAUUAUAUUGUAAUACUAUGGGGGCUGCUAAUAGGGAUAGCCUGGGUCCUGUAUCCUGGGUACAGAUAUUUAUAUUAUAUUAUAAUACUAUGGGGGCUGCUAAUAGGGAUAGCCUGGAGUCCUGUAUCCUGGGUACAGAUAUUAUAUUAUAAUACUAUGGGGGCCUGCUAAUAGGUAUAGCCUGGAGUCCUGUAUCCUGGGUACAGAUAUUAUAUUAUAAUACUAUGGGGGCUGCUAAUAGGGAUAGCCCGGAGUCCUGUAUCCUGGGUACAGAUAUUAUACUAUGGGGGCCCUGCUAAUAGGGAUAGCCUGGAGUCCUGUAUCCUGGGUACAGAUAUUAUAUUAUAAUACUAUGGGGGCCUGCUAAUAGGGAUAGCCUGGAGUCCUGUAUCCUGGGUACAGAUAUUAUAUUAUAAUACUAUGGGGGCCUGCUAAUAGGUAUAGCCUGGAGUCCUGUAUCCUGGGUACAGAUAUUAUAUUAUAAUACUAUGGGGGCUGCUAAUAGGUAUAGCCUGGAGUCCUGUAUCCUGGGUAAAGAUAUUAUAUUGUAAUACUAUGGGGGCUGCUAAUAGGGAUAGCCUGGAGUCCUGUAUCCUGGGUACAGAUAUUAUAUUAUAAUACUAUGGGGGCUGCUAAUAGGGAUAGCCUGGAGUCCUGUAUCCUGGGUACAGAUAUUAUAUUAUAAUACUAUGGGGGCUGCUAAUAGGGAUAGCCCGGAGUCCUGUAUCCUGGGUACAGAUAUUAUACUAUGGGGGCUGCUAAUAGGGAUAGCCUGGAGUCCUGUAUCCUGGGUACAGAUAUUAUAUUAUAAUACUAUGGGGGCCUGCUAAUAGGGAUAGCCUGGAGUCCUGUAUCCUGGGUACAGAUAUUAUAUUAUAAUACUAUGGGGGCUGCUAAUAGGGAUAGCCUGGAGUCCUGUAUCCUGGGUACAGAUAUUAUAUUAUAAUACUAUGGGGGCUGCUAAUAGGGAUAGCCUGGAGUCCUGUAUCCUGGGUACAGAUAUUAUAUUAUAAUACUAUGGGGGCCCUGCUAAUAGGGAUAGCCUGGAGUCCUGUAUCCUGGGUACAGAUAUUAUAUUAUAAUACUAUGGGGGCUGCUAAUAGGGAUAUCCUGGAGUCCUGUAUCCUGGGUACAGAUAUUAUACUAUGGGGGCCCUGCUAAUAGGGAUAGCCUGGAGUCCUGUAUCCUGGGUACAGGUAUUAUAUUAUAAUACUAUGGGGGCUGCUAAUAGGUAUAGCCUGGAGUCCUGUAUCCUGGGUAAAGAUAUUAUAUUGUAAUACUAUGGGGGCUGCUAAUAGGGAUAGCCUGGAGUCCUGUAUCCUGGGUACAGAUAUUAUAUUAUAAUACUAUGGGGGCUGCUAAUAGGGAUAGCCUGGAGUCCUGUAUCCUGGGUACAGAUAUUAUAUUAUAAUACUAUGGGGGUCCUGCUAAUAGGUAUAGCCUGGAGUCCUGUAUCCUGGGUACAGAUAUUAUAUUAUAAUACUAUGGGGGCUGCUAAUAGGGAUAGCCUGGAGUCCUGUAUCCUGGGUACAGAUAUUAUAUUAUAAUACUAUGGGGGCCUGCUAAUAGGUAUAGCCUGGAGUCCUGUAUCCUGGGUACAGAUAUUAUAUUAUAAUACUAUGGGGGCUGCUAAUAGGGAUAGCCUGGAGUCCUGUAUCCUGGGUACAGAUAUUAUAUUAUAAUACUAUGUGCCCUGCUAAUAGGGAUAGCCUGGAGUCCUGUAUCCUGGGUACAGAUAUUAUAUUAUAAUACUAUGGGGGCUGCUAAUAGGGAUAGCCUGGAGUCCUGUAUCCUGGGUACAGAUAUUAUAUUAUAAUACUAUGGGGGCUGCUAAUAGGGAUAGCCUGGAGUCCUGUAUCCUGGGUAUAGAUAUUAUAUUAUAAUACUAUGGGGGCUGCUAAUAGGGAUAGCCUGGAGUCCUGUAUCCUGGGUACAGAUAUUAUAGUAUAAUACUAUGGGGGCUGCUAAUAGGGAUAGCCUGGAGUCCUGUAUCCUGGGUAUAGAUAUAUUAUAAUACUAUGGGGGCUGCUAAUAGGGAUAGCCUGGAGUCCUGUAUCCUGGGUACAGAUAUUAUAAUACUAUGGGGGCUGCUAAUAGGGAUAUCCUGGAGUCCUGUAUCCUGGGUACAGAUAUUAUAAUACUAUGGGGGCUGCUAAUAGGGAUAGCCUGGAGUCCUGUAUCCUGGGUACAGAUAUUAUAUUAUAAUACUAUGGGGGCUGCUAAUAGGGAUAGCCUGGAGUCCUGUAUCCUGGGUACAGAUAUUAUAAUACUAUGGAGCCUGCUAAUAGGGAUAGCCUGGAGUCCUGUAUCCUGGGUACAGAUAUUAUAUUAUAAUACUAUGGGGGCCCUGCUAAUAGGGAUAGCCUGGAGUCCUGUAUCCUGGGUACAAAUAUUAUAUUAUAAUACUAUGGGGGCCCUGCUAAUAGGGAUAGCAUGGAGUCCUGUAUCCUGGGUACAGAUAUUAUAUUAUAAUACUAUGGAGCCUGCUAAUAGGGAUAGCCUGGAGUCCUGUAUCCUGGGUACAAAUAUUAUAUUAUAAUACUAUGGGGGCCCUGCUAAUAGGGAUAGCCUGGAGUCCUGUAUCCUGGGUACAGAUAUUAUAUUAUAAUACUAUGGGGGCUGCUAAUAGGGAUAGCCUGGAGUCCUGUAUUCUGGGUACAAAUAUUAUAAUACUAUGGGGGCCCUGCUAAUAGGGAUAGCCUGGAGUCCUGUAUCCUGGGUACAAAUAUUAUAAUACUAUGGGGGCCUGCUCAUAGGGAUAGCCUGGAGUCCUGUAUGCUGGGUACAAAUAUUAUAAUAGUAUGGGGGCUGCUAAUAGGGAUAGCCUGGAGUCCUGUAUCCUGAAUUUUUAGUAUUUACAUAUAAUACUAGGGGCUACUAAUGAGUGGCCUGAGUCCUGUAUAUCCUGGGUACAAAUAUUAUAAUACUAUGGGGAGAAACAUGCUCAUAGGGAUGGCUGCAGGUCACCUUAUGCUGGGUACAAAUAUUAUAAUAGUAUGAGGAGCACACUAAUAGGGAUUAGCCUAGGUCCUGUAUCACGGUACAAAUAUUAUAUUAUAAUAUGGGGAACCCCUUAGCCUGGAGACCUGUAUCCUGGGUAUAAAUAUUGUAUUAUAAUGCAAGGGGGGCCUUGCUAAUAAGGAUAGACUGAGACCUGUAUCCGGGGUACAAAUAUAUUAUAAUGCAAGGGGGGCUGCUAAUAGGGAUAGCCUGGAGACCUGUAUCCUGGGUAUAAAUAUUGUAUUAUAAUGCAAGGGGGGCCUUGCUAAUAAGGAUAGACUGAGACCUGUAUCCGGGGUACAAAUAUAUUAUAAUGCAAGGGGGGCUGCUAAUAGGGAUAGCCUGGAGACCUGUAUCCUGGGUAUAAAUAUUGUAUUAUAAUGCAAGGGGGGCCUUGCUAAUAAGGAUAGACUGAGACCUGUAUCCGGGGUACAAAUAUAUUAUAAUGCAAGGGGGGCUGCUAAUAAUGAUACCAUGGAGACCUGUAUCCUGGGUAUAAAUAUUAUAUUAUAAUGCAAGGGGUGCCUUGCUAAUAAGGAUAGACUGAGACCUGUAUCCUGGGUCCAAAUAUUGUAAUGCUAUGGGGGCUGCUAAUAGGGAUAGCCUGAAGUCUAUUCAAAUAGAGCGUAACCCUUUCUACGAAACUUAAAUUUUUUAUUUUAAUAUUGCAGGGUAAAGGGGCAGUGCACCCAGAGCACUUCAUUAAUAUUAAGUGAUCUGGAUUAAUUUAAUGAUCUUUUAAAAAGUUACUUAUUUCAGAAUUGUCUUAUAUAAUUAUCAUUAUUUGUCAAAUCUCUUACUACAUCAAAAAUCCUGUAAGUUGCAGAUGUUUGAAACUUUUUACACAUAUACUUGUUACAUCUAUCUUUGUCACCGUUAAUCUUUUUUAUAAUAAGUUUAUUUCAUUUUAUAGACAUGCCCUCUUCUUUUGAGAGUGUUUACUACAAACCAUGGUAGACAUCACAGAAUGGAUGAAUUUGCCAGAGGAAAUGUCCCAUCCAGUGAGCUCCAGAUCUAUACGUGGUGAGUCAUAUUUUCAGCAAUAUAAAACUGGAAUGUUAAACCUUUUUUCCCCCAGCACUGUAAGUUUAUCAAGCUGCUUUAAAUGAACACUGUAGGUGCAGGAACACAAACAUGUUAGAAACACCAUCUAGGUCUGCCUGUCCCUCACCACCUAAAUAUAGUACAUUCUUACUUUUAUACUGUUGAUGCGGACUAUGCCCCUAAUCUCCCUCUUUGGCUGAGAUCAGAAGUGGUGAUCUCAGCCAAUCCUUUAGGCUCUCAGCCAAUCCUAUAGGAAAGCAUUGGAUUGGCUUAGAUUGUCAAGGAGGCAAAUUGGGGCAGAGGCAGCACAAGCCAAACACAGCCACACCUCAUAGAACCAAUGCAUCUCUAUGAGUAAAGUUCAGUGUCUCCAUGCAGAGGUCAUUCACACUGUGCAGCACUGCCCCAGGAAGCAAAUCUAGCCAUCUGAGGAGUGGUAAACACUUCCAUUUCGCUGAAAAGACAGUGUUUGCUGCAAAAAGCCUAAAGGGACUGAUUUAUACUCAUCAGAACAAAUACAAUGUAGUUGUUCUGGUGACUAUAGUGUCACUUUCCAAAGCAUUAUAAUCACUACAGCUGGCUGUAGUGGUUAUGGUGACCAAGGAGUCCCUUGGCGCUAUCCCAUGGUUAAGAAUACAAAUCAUUUUUAAAUGGUUUGACACUUACCUGGGUGCCGCAGUCUGUUCCCUCUUCAGAUAUGCUAAUACAUUCCAUCGGUCUCUUGCAAAUUCAGUCGUAUUGAGGAUGUAAUUGGUGAUACAUUUAAUAUGGAGGGGGAACUAAAGGGAUGUUGUGCUUGUGUAUGGGUUAUGGUGCUUAAUGCCCAUUUAAUGAAACAAAGCUACUCAAGGAUGGAUGUUUUAAAAGUAAUGACGGUCAAUCUGCAACUGUUCUUCACAUCUAGGUUUAUAAGGUCGUUUCACCCCCCUCUCCCUCCCCCCCUCCCCCUGAUUUCUGUUUUAGGAUGGAUGCAACCUUGAAAGAACUAACCAGCUUAGUUAAAGAAGUCUACCCAGAAGCUCGGAAAAAAGGCACUCAUUUCAGUUUUGCUAUUGUUUAUCCAGAUCCCCAACGACCUGGUUACAGGUAUGGAAAUAUUAAAUGUAUCCAGGUUACUUAACCUCUUAAUAUUUCAAGCACUACAACCACAAAAACCAAAAAAGACUGCUGUAGAAUCAGCUGCAUGUUUAUGCCGCUGUUGUAAUGCUAUGCACGUGUUCUGCACGCUAUCUUCUAUAGAUCUGCUUCUGAUUUCGCUAGCACUGCAUAUGGGAUCAUUUUUUAUUUUUGUCUAAAUGGGACCUUGUCGUCCACACCUUUAUUUUGUGUACGAUUUUAAUUUCUCCAUUUAGAAAUAAUUGGGUUUUCAAUUUCAAAAAUGCUGAACACAGACCCCAUUUUUUGGUGCUUUCUGUAGUAUUCUAAAUAUAGUUAGACUGUAGGAGUGAAUACAUUAAGUUUAACCAGUAUGCUAACUGAUCUAUUUCAUUACAGAGUAAAGGAGAUUGGUAGCACGAUUUCAGGAAGAAAGGGAACAGAUGAUGCCAUGACUCUACAGUCUCAGAGGUUCCAUAUUGGAGAUUAUCUGGACAUAGCGAUAACUCCUCCUAACAGAGCACCGCCCCCUCAAGGGCGCAUGAGACCAUAUUGAGUGUUGAGGAUAUGUGGAUAUUUUUUUGUCAUUUUAUUUUAUUUUUUUUCACCAUGGACUUUUUUUUUAAAUAAAAUACUUCCGCAUAUUGCAGAUUUAUGUAGGCAUUUACAGUUUCAACUAACAUUCAUGUAAUCUGUGCAUUUUAAAUCAUACAUUUGUUCUCUUUUUUUAACUGAUCUCUGAAUUUGUAUGUUUUAUUUGCAUACUUUAUUUACAGCUUAUGGUAAAGAAAGUGAACAUUUUAAAUAUUCAGACUUGGCUUCAUACUUGACAUAGCAAAGAGAUGUGAGAAGCAAAAGGCUGUAGUAGUUAUUGUUUGACAUGUUUAUCACUGUGUUUCGAUCAG